GACAGUUCGUGGAAACACCGCCGAUUUGUGUGUAACCAAACAAUAUAUAUUCUUGAACUGUCAGCUGGAGCAAAAAGACGUAUUUCACAUUUUAUCGUCAUCGUCGAACAGUUGUGCUUAGUAAAUCUGUGUUGAUUUCCUAGAUAGAAUUCAAUAGUUUGUCGUAGAUUUCUUACUUUUUGUCAGCAGAUAGAUAAAGAGAGAAAAAUGUCUGACUUUGAAGAAAAUGAUGAUUUCAUGUGUGACGACGAAGAAGAUUACGGUUUGGAAUAUUCAGAGGAUAGUAACUCGGAACCGGACGUUGACCUAGAGAAUCAAUACUACAACAGCAAAGCGUUGAAGGAGGAUGAACCGAAAGCUGCACUCCAAUCUUUUCAAAAGGUGCUCGACCUCGAGAACGGCGAAAAAGGUGAAUGGGGAUUCAAAGCUCUCAAGCAAAUGAUAAAAAUCAAUUUCAAACUGUCGAACUACAAUGAAAUGAUGGUGCGUUACAAGCAAUUGCUCACGUACAUCAAGAGCGCCGUCACACGAAACCAUUCGGAAAAGUCCAUCAAUUCGAUUUUAGAUUAUAUUUCGACAUCGAAAAAUAUGGAAUUGUUACAAAAUUUCUACGAAACAACGCUUGAGGCAUUGAAAGAUGCCAAAAAUGAUCGGCUGUGGUUCAAAACUAACACGAAACUGGGAAAACUGUACUUCGAUCGUAAUGAUUUUGGCAAAUUGCAAAAGAUUCUCAAACAAUUGCACCAAUCGUGCCAGACCGAUGACGGUGAAGAUGACUUGAAGAAGGGUACUCAGUUGCUGGAAAUCUAUGCGUUGGAAAUUCAAAUGUAUACGGUUCAGAAGAACAACAAGAAGCUCAAGGCAUUGUACGAACAGUCACUGCAUAUCAAAUCUGCCAUUCCGCAUCCAUUGAUUAUGGGCGUGAUUCGAGAAUGUGGUGGCAAAAUGCAUUUGCGUGAAGGUGAAUUCGAGAAGGCACACACAGAUUUCUUUGAAGCGUUCAAAAAUUACGAUGAAAGUGGUUCAGCGCGUCGUACAACUUGCCUCAAGUAUUUGGUUCUCGCCAACAUGUUGAUGAAAUCGGAUAUCAAUCCAUUCGACUCACAAGAAGCAAAGCCUUACAAAAAUGACCCAGAAAUCUUGGCCAUGACCAAUUUGGUGGUUUCGUAUCAAAACAACGAUAUCAACGAAUUUGAAUCGAUUUUGCGAAAGAAUCACAACAACAUCAUGGCCGAUCCGUUCAUCAAGGAGCACAUUGAAGAUUUGCUUCGCAAUAUUCGCACACAAGUUCUGAUCAAGUUGAUUCGUCCAUACACGCGCAUAGCUAUACCCUUCAUCUCCACCGAAUUGAACAUUGAAUCAGCCGAGGUUGAAAGUUUAUUGGUUUCUUGUAUCUUAGACAGCACAAUUCGCGGUCGCAUCGAUCAAGUCCAUCAAGUUUUGGAAUUGGACAAAGAAUCUCGAUGCUCUGUACGUUACACUGCCAUGGAUAAAUGGGCAAAUCAAUUGCAAUCGCUGCAGUUGGCAGUCAUCAACAAAAUGGCUUAAGGUGUUUAGAUGUGUCUGCUGCAAGCAACCUUACCAUCAAAUCCACCACCAAAAUCAAUUCAAUGUUGUUU